UUGGUCUCAGGGACCUGAAGACUCUGGUCAAAGGAACCGUGACUGGGGUCUUCAGAGGGUGGAUCUCAGGUGUGCCAGGACUCAAGGUCUCUGGAUCUACAUCACUGUGUUCCUGCUUGGUGUUCAAGACUAGAGUCCUCAUGCCUAGACCUCGAAAGCGUAGGCGAUGUAUGGUUGAGGAAGAGCCUGAGGCCCAAAGUGAGACACAAGACCUAAUCAGUGCUCCAGUUUCGAUAGAAGAAGUAGAUUCCUCAUCCUCUUCUACUUGCUCCUCCUCUUUCCCAUCUUCUUUCUGUUCUUCCUCUUCUUACUAUGCUCUAACAUCAAGCACCUCAGAGGAGGGGCUUGCUGCUUCCAGGACAUCAAGUCCUUCUCAUAGUCCUCCAGGAGCUGGCUCCUCCUGCACUGCCAUGAUCUCAUCUCCAUGUAGCCAGUUAAGUACAGACUCUGAAACUGAGGAGAGUCUAGGUUCCUCUGAGGCUCUACCAUGUGCUGCUUCAUUGUCUAAAGGUGAGAUAGAUGUAAAAGUAGAUGAGUUGGUGAAAUAUCUGCUCUUUAAGUAUCUAAUGAAGGAGCCAGUCACCAAGGCAGAAAUGCUGAAUAAUAUCAUUAGAAAUUAUCAGGACCACUUCCCUGUGAUAUUUAGAGAAGCCUCAGAAUGCAUGCAGUUAGUCUUUGGCAUUGACAUGAAGGAAGUAGAGCCUGCUGGCCACACUUAUAUCCUUGUCAUAGCCCUAGAGCUCACCUAUGAUGGGAUGAUGACUGAUAUCCAGGGCAUACCCAAGACAGGCCUCCUGAUAAUGGUACUGAGCAUAAUAUUUAUGGAAGGCAACUGUAUUAGUGAGGACAUGGUAUGGGAUGUGUUGAAUAACAUAGGCUUGUAUGCUGGGAAUGAUCACUUCAUAUAUGGGGAACCCAGGAAGCUCAUCACUGAUGAUUUUGUACAAGAAGGGUACCUGGAGUACAGGCAAGUGUCGGGCAGCCAUCCUCCUUCCUAUGAGCUCCUCUGGGGCCCCAGAGCCUAUGCUGAAACCACCAAAAUGAAAAUUUUGAUGUUUUUGACCAGCAUCAAUGGGAGUGAUCCCAGAUCAUAUCCAGUUUGGUAUGCAGAGGCUUUAAGAGAUGAGGAAGAGCGGGCCUAGGCUAGAAAAGCCUGGCACAUGAUUCUACUGCUCUGACCAGCACACAUUCUAGUGCUCUAGCAGUUUCUAACUCAGAUAAGGUCAGAUGGAGUCACUGAUCUAAGAAGUGGACCCUCAUUCUAGAGCUGGUGGGUGUACAGUGUAAACUAUUCCACUCUUACUGUUGUGUUUGAGUGACUCAGGAAUUUUUCCUCUUAGUAUUCUAAAAUGUUGCUACAUUUCCUAGAAAGCUCAUUAGGCUGAAAUUUUAAGCUUCCUGGUUGCAUUAGUCAUGCACUUACUGCUGUUCAUUCGUAUUGAAAAGCUUUGCUAUUUUGUAAAACAAGUUGAGGUACUUUCCAUCUGAUCUGUAAUCUGUG